GCGUGCGCAAAGCACUCGUCUUUCUCAAUGUUUUUGUUUUAGCUAUCUUGCUACUGGUAAGAUAAGCCAACUCAAAAUGGAAACAACAGGGACAAUAAUUUGUGUUUUGUUUCUUCUCUUUGCCUCAGUAACAUGCACAGAGUCACCACCUAGGCAACUAAACACGGAAAACAUCCUGAUUAACGUGACGACAGGGACAUUGGCUGAUACACAGUUGCAGGAUUCCAACAACUUGCAGAUAAAUUUAAACAUAUCGGUGGGUGAAGAGCAGGUGCUGGUCAAUGACAUCCCAGUAGAGCUAUCAGGGGUCACCAGAUUCAACUGCCAAGCACUUCUCUUAGACCACAUCAAUGGAAGCAGUGGCUUUGAAUCUGGGGACUUGGUGUCCAUUGUCACCCGUGUGAUGGUGAGCCAGAACCGACUAUACAGUGACUCAGAGGAGGUGGUGGCUCUGCAAGUGUUCAGUGAAGUGAUCGAGAUGGAGGGCAAAGAGGUCCAACAGCCUGACAUGUGUGAGGUGAAAAUACUGAUGAGCCCAGAUUUUCAGAAGCUGGCUCAGUUUACCAACAUCUACCCUAUUGGACACAGCGAGAUCUUCAGGAUUCCCAGAGAGAAUGAUGUUGUUGUCACAGAUGCACCAAAUCCUAGAAAAGAUGAACAGCUAUUCUCACAGACCACCAGCCAGUACCCCCUGAAGCACACAGACACCACCCAGGAAGAGACUGCAGCCCCGGGAAAGCUCCCAGAGACUCCCCUGCGUAUGGACCCUGAUGUGCUCUAUGAUGUCAGAUACGAUGAUGAGUUUGAAGACAGAGAGCAGGGGCAGCCGGAUCAGAUUCAGAUGGAAACUCCGCCCAAAGAAUUUAUAUCAUCUUACUCUGCCAUGUGCCAGUGGGUGGAGGAAGUGCGAGAGCGUCUGAGGCGCUUCAGCUCUGAGUCACUGCCUCUUUUCUUCCUGGUUAUGUGGGUGGUGGUGAUCGGCGUUGUCGGAUCAGCGGUCAUCGUCAAGAUUUUGGACAUCUUCUUUCCAACUUGUGAACACAAGCACAUUUUUCACCUAAACCCUGUCACUCUAAUGCCAGAGGAGGAGAAGCACACUCUGCUGGAGGACAUAGAAAUAGAAGCAGAAGAAGAAGAGAAGAAACCUUGAAUGAGGGUUGACUUUACGAGCUCAGUUUUUCCCCAGUUUGUACUUAUUUGUUCUUUAACCUUGGUUACCCUGUUAAGUUUUCAGCAUGGCCUGGUUUUGUCACUAGUUUCUAUUCAGUUUUGUGAAUCACUGUUUUUUUCACUUCAGCUUACCAUUAGCUAAGGAACAGAACCAUCAGAUUGACUAAACUCAAUUUGUUGGCUUUAUGCUGGUCCACAAACACUCAAAUUUAGUCACAUGAUCAAAAUGAGUGUUUCAUAGUGCUGAGUUGUUAAGGCACCGAGACUGCUAAGCCCACCGUGUGUUUACCAGCAUCCGUGCAAACAGGUCAUUUGCAAAGAAAACCAAAUUCUGCUUCUGUGACUGGUUAGCCUUUUUAGGUAACUUAGCUAAGUAACAAGUUACUUUUAACCACAAAUGACCUAAAUGAGCACUUAAACUUAUCUACUUCCAAAACAUGCCAUAACAACAUGGCUUAUUCUUCCAAAUUUCCUGAUUUCGCCAAAUUGAUUCUGAUUCUGAAAUUAAUUGCCAUUAUUGUUUUAAAAUGUAAUGCCAGAAGAAAAUACAUAUAGAUCCCUAUGGAGCUGUGUUUUAGUUUCAGCGUUCAUUCGCAACCAAAACAAUUCCAUUUAGUAGCUGUUCUUUGUGAUACGGUCGAAAACUUUGAACUUGACGAACUUGAAGCCCAGCUUUAGUUCAAAAAUUCGUUUUUGGCUGAGCUUAGCAUAAAGUGUGAAAAGAGGGGAAAACAAGGGGUUAUAUCUUAUUGUUUAAUCAGCACAAAAAUCAAAGUGGAGAAACCAUCCAGAUUCCAGAUUUCUUGGCUGUGCACAGUGACAUCCUAGAGUGUCUUCCCAUAAGGUUGCCAGGCAACCAGCAGAGACUCCAGUAAGGCAUUGCUUUAUUCUUUCAUCCAGCUCUGUGCAAGAAAGGAAAUGAGCAUCUUUAAUGAAAGGUCAAAAUAUUCCUUUAAGCCAUGUUGGCUGUGACUUCUUCAAAGUGCUUCGAAAAAAAAGGCACUUUGAACAUCUACAACUAAGGAAACUCCAUUUCCUGAUGGAGUGAUCGUGUGAUAUUAUUGAAAGCUUCAGAACAGCUGCUAAAUGAACCAUGAGAUGAGAUACUGCAGUUCUGUUUUUUUGUCUUCUGUAAGCUGUAUUUUGUCACCAAAACCUAACAACACAACAGAGGUUUCGGGAAGGCAGGUAUGAGUACUGUAGGUUCACCAAAUAAAUAUUAACAAACUGAGCAUUUUCCAGGUUGCAUCCACUGAUUUACUCUUUAUGUACACUAAAAAGACUUCCUGUAUGUAGUCGUCCUGUACAGAUCACACUGUUUUCUCACACUUUUUUCCCCCAGAAUUGUACCCCACUGCUGAAAACUAAUGGUAAAGAAAGGCAGCAGAUACACUCAAGUGAGGCAUGAGGCAAACAUCGGUCUCCUGCCCGUCUUUACUUACUUUAAGUGAAGUGAAGGCGAAUACUUCAGCUGUUACAUAUGUAUCUGUUGAUCCAGUGAAGCAAGCUAAUACUGAAUCUUGUCUGAAAAACGAAUGACCACUGUUUUUCUCCCACACCUCUUCUAGAUUCUGAAUGUCACUAAUGUAAGAACACCACCCUUUCAGGCCUGCUGCCCACUGCUGAGGCUCACGUUGAUUGUCUUUCUUCACAGUGCCUCAGUGACUAUUUGUGGGACUCAAUCAGGAAAAGGGGGAUUUUAAUGUAAUUUCUUUGACUGAUUUUGUAUGUGGUUUGCUGCUACUAAUAAUGAAGCGUGUAAGUGAGGUCAUUCAGAUUGUCAAACUACUGCUAUGACCGUACCAUUGUAAAACAGUGUGUGCACAAGGCAAGACCAUCAAUUCCAGAAGUAAAUGAAAGGAGAAGAAUCUGCACUUAAAGUUUUGUUUUUCCGAGUGAAAAUUUAGCUGGGCUUGAACCUGCAUGGAUGCUUCUUUUCUUUUUUUUUUUUUUUUUUACCCAUUUUCUUUUAUGCUCAUCUCAUCAUGACUUAUGGGCCAGAGUUUGAUGACAUACCUCCUGAGUAUUACUCCAGAUGCUUCACUGGGCUGUGUGUGAUGGACCAAGACAACAAGGUUUAAUUAAUCCAAAACUCAAAAAGUGCAAGUGUUUCAAUUUUAUGUUUUUAUUUAUAAUCAUUAUGCUUUAAAAACACCCUAAAGUCAUCAGCUUGUGUAUCUCAGAGCGGCUGAGGUGGUGUCUUCCUGGGCUUCAGUUAACCUGCAGAAUGCAUGACGUACUGCGAUAGCAAAAAGUUGCAUGUGUAGUCUAGCUAGUGAAUGCAGUUUGCUAUUCUAUCAGCAGGUUACACAUUAAAACUUGGAAGCUGCAUGAUAGCUAAAAUAAGCUCAGUCUGUAUUUGAAUCAGACUCAAAUUCCCAAAGUCAGUACAACAGCGUGCUGUAGAUGACCCUAAAUUAGCCUGUAAGGCAUCGAUUCAGACGUAUUGCUGAAUAAACUAAAUUAUUUUAAUUUGCUCUUCUGUUUAAAUAGGAGUAGACUCAAGCAUUACUAUUUUGAGACUUUGUGUGCAAAAAAGAAUGUAUGACUUGCAGCUGGACUGUGUAUUUGGGUCUAAAAUGCUGAUUAAAUGCUUUCCAUAUGACCAACAAA